AUGGAGGCCCUGGGCUUACUGCCAUCCCAGACCUACUUCGCUGUCGUCAUGGGGACAGUGGCCUAUUGCUUUAUCUUGGCUGGCAACAUGACCAUGAUCCUGAGCAUCACCCUGAACAGAAGUCUGCACAAACCCAUGUACCUGAUGCUCCUCAACCUGCCCGUCAACGACCUGAUGGGUGCCACCGCUUUCUUUCCCCAGCUCAUCAGCAGCAUCGCCUUGGAGGACCGCUCUAUCUCCUGUGCAGCCUGCUUCCUUCAGGGGCUGCUGGUGCACCUGUACGGGGGCGGAGCCUACAUCGUCCUCACUGCCAUGGCCUACGACCGCUUCCUGGCCAUCUGCUACCCACUCAGGUACAGCACCCUCAUGAGCAAUACCAACCUGCUGAAGAUUAUUGUGGCGAUGUGGCUGUUGGACCUUGCCAUGAUCUCAGCCCUCUUCUGUCUGCUUGCUCGGUUCCAGUUCUGUGGGAAUAUCAUCGCUGACAUGUACUGCAAUAAUGCCAGCCUGGUCAAGCUGGUCUGUGGAAACACCAGCAUCAACAACUACUACGGCCUCUUCCUCUCUUCUUUCCUGCAAGGGAUGUCCCUGCUCGCCGUGGUCUUCACCUACGUCCAGAUCCUGGUGGCCUGCCUCACCAACAAGCAGUCAGACACCAAGAGCAAGGCCCUGCGUACCUGUGCCACUCACCUGACAGUCUACCUGGUGUUCCAGGUCACCACCAUGUUCAAGGUGCUUGCCCACAGGUUCAACCAGGUGUCCCCGUACCUGAGAAGGGCCGCAGGGGUGUCAAUGUUACUGUUUCCACCGAUGCUUAACCCCUUGAUAUAUGGAUUAAGCACCAAAGAGAUCAGAAGUGUAGUGAUACAUUUUUUCACUAAGAAAAAGGUUACCAGCUUCGCCGGAUGAAAGUCUGACUUCGUGAUGUCAUUUUAAUGAACUGAACUUUUGCUAUUAGUUGUAAAAAGCCAUGAAUAAUCUGCAGUUACCUUAUGCUAAAUAAUUUGAUGAUGAUUAUGAAUGACCCCUUGUCUACAAUGAGAUAUGGAUUCUUUUGAGGGUUAAUUUGUCUUUAAGUUUUUUGUUCAUCUGAAGGGAAGUGUGGCGCUUUUGUGUUUUGCACACAGAGUUUGUUGAGUUAAUUUUGAUGAUUGCUGAAGAGACUUUGUGUUUAUUCAAGGACAAAAUGUAUUGAAUUGGGAGUCAAAGUCAAGGAAGAAGGCCGGUUGAAUCCUGGCUUACUGUAAGUCAUUGAUUAUAUUCUAAAACACACUAUCACAGUAUAUCUUCCUGCUAUUUUAUAUUUGACUGCAUACAUGACAUCAGUGCAUCAAUAACAAUGAUGUAUAAAUAUUUAAUGAAUUUUCAUGAAUAGUUUUUGACUGGGUGCAGUAACAAGGAUUGAAGUAAUCAUAUUAUCAUUAUUAUUACUAGAAGCAAUAGUAGUAAAUGUUAUUUUUAAACAAAACAUUGUUACACUGCUUAAUGUGUGCUUUGUAUUAUAAAUCUGUUUUGAUUUUUAUAUUUCAUUCAUGAGAAAUUACGUCAGUUAAUGGUUUCCAAUAUGA